UCUUGCUCCGCUCGAUUCGACAUAGCUCCUCGAGCUUCGACAGAAAUUUCGUCGCGGGGGUCCAAAUCUCUUGUGGCCAAGAAAGUGAAGGUUCGACACCCUGAAGGAGCCCUCGAUCGAGCGCGUAAUAUCCGACCUUUUACAUUCUCGCGCGGGGGCGGUGCACGACGAGGUGUGCACCUUUGCGAAUCCCUGCGCGAGAUCGUAAGACGAAUACACGAUUCGAGAAUUCGCUGAUUUGUGACGAAGUGAAGUGUUACCGAGGUGCCAAGCGCGUGCGCGAGAUACGUCGGCGAGCGGUCUGGGUGCCUUUCGACUAGCAGUGGGUGGUCGUCGGUGGUUUACGACGACGGUUAGUGUGUCGACGUCGGCAUCACCAUCGUCGUCGUCGUUGUCUUCGUCGACGAGACGAAGAGGCCGAGGCCCUGCGUGUCAGGAUAGCAACACGAGAACAUGCCGACCACACGAGACUGUGCAUGACCAUCCCUUUCGUUAUCGAUAAAAGUGCCUCGGGCGCGAAGUGACACGCGAGACACGCACGCAUACUCGCGUCACGCGUACGAGCGCGUGGAAGUGACACAAACAGAGGAAGCUCGUCGCGUGCUGAGAGGAUGGCUGAUAGCGAGGGUGGUUCCGAGCAGGACGACGUAUCAUUCCUCCGCACGGAGGAUAUGGUAUGUCUGUCCUGUACCGCAACAGGGGAGAGGGUCUGCCUGGCGGCCGAGGGUUUCGGUAAUCGACACUGUUUCCUCGAGAAUAUCGCGGAUAAGAACAUACCGCCGGACCUGUCGCAAUGCGUGUUUGUAAUAGAACAAGCUCUCUCGGUGAGAGCUUUGCAGGAACUGGUCACCGCUGCCGGCUCCGAGACGCAGCAAGACAGUUUAGGAAAGGGCACUGGGUCAGGGCACAGGACUUUGUUAUAUGGUAACGCCAUAUUGCUACGACAUCUAAAUAGCGACAUGUAUCUGGCGUGUUUGUCCACGAGUUCAUCGAACGAUAAACUAGCCUUCGACGUCGGUCUACAGGAACAUUCUCAUGGUGAGGCGUGUUGGUGGACUGUGCAUCCCGCUUCCAAGCAGAGAUCGGAGGGUGAGAAAGUGCGUGUCGGUGACGAUCUUAUCUUGGUGUCCGUCGCCACUGAGCGAUAUUUGCACACGACAAAGGAAAACGAUUUGUCAGUGGUCAACGCAUCUUUCCAUGUAACACAUUGGUCGGUGCAACCUUAUGGCACCGGUAUCAGUAGGAUGAAGUACGUCGGCUAUGUCUUUGGUGGCGACGUGUUAAGAUUCUUCCACGGCGGCGACGAGUGCUUGACGAUACCGUCUACUUGGAGUCCAACACCCAGUCAAAACCUUGUAAUCUAUGAAGGUGGCAGCGUAAUGAGCCAAGCGAGAUCGCUAUGGAGAUUAGAGCUCGCCAGGACGAAAUGGGCGGGCGGCUUCAUCAACUGGCUGCAUCCUAUGAGAAUCAGGCACUUGACCACGGGACGUUACCUCGGUGUGAAGGAAAACAACGAGCUCUAUCUGGUCGAUAGGAAUGAGGCGACGAUAGAAACCUCGACGUUUUGGCUGCGGCAGGAGAAAGACGAUCAGAAGAUCGUUCUUGAGGAUAAAGAUCUGGAAGUUAUCGGAAUGCCGAUUAUCAAGUACGGUGAUUCCACCGUUAUUAUGCAACAUGCCACCACGUGCCUCUGGGUGUCUUAUAAGUCAUACGAGACAAAAAAGAAAGGUGUUGGAAAAGUCGAAGAGAAGCAGGCGGUACUUCACGAAGAAGGGAAAAUGGACGACGGUUUGGAUUUCUCCAGAUCUCAGGAAGAGGAAUCUCGUACUGCGCGCGUCAUCAGAAAAUGCAGCAGUUUGUUUACUCAGUUUAUCACAGGCCUAGAAACACUUCAAGUGAACAGAAGAGCGUCCAUGUUCUUUCAAAAUGUAAACCUCAACGAGAUGGUAAUGUGUCUCGAGGACCUGAUCAAUUAUUUUGCUCAACCCGAAGAUGACAUGGAACACGAAGAAAAGCAGAACAAGUUCCGAGCUCUCAGAAAUCGUCAGGAUUUGUUUCAAGAAGAGGGUAUACUGAAUCUUAUUCUCGAAGCCAUUGAUAAGAUUAAUGUGAUCACUUCGCAAGGAUUUCUCGUUGCUUUAUCCGGCGAUGAGAGCGGCCAGGCUUGGGAUCAGAUAUCCGGAUACCUCUACCAGUUGCUGGCGGCUAUCAUUAAGGGAAAUCACACGAACUGUGCCCAGUUUGCUAACAGCAAUCGUCUCAACUGGCUGUUUAGCCGACUAGGCUCACAAGCUUCCAGUGAGGGAACUGGAAUGUUGGAUGUGCUUCACUGCGUUUUAAUUGAUUCGCCGGAAGCUUUAAACAUGAUGAGGGAUGAGCACAUAAAAAUAAUUAUUUCUUUACUGGAGAAACACGGCAGGGAUCCGAAAGUCUUGGACGUUCUGUGCUCAUUAUGCGUCGGUAACGGAGUCGCAGUGCGUUCAUCGCAGAACAAUAUUUGUGAUUUUCUGCUACCGGGAAAAAAUCUGCUUCUGCAGACGCAACUGGUAGACCAUGUGGCCAGCGUCAGACCGAAUAUAUUCGUCGGCAGAGUGGAGGGCUCAGCUCUUUAUCAAAAGUGGUAUUUUGAGGUGACUGUGGAUCAUAUCGAGCAAACAACCCACAUGAUGCCGCACUUGAGAAUCGGAUGGGCGAAUACUGCUGGCUACAUGCCGUAUCCCGGCGGAGGCGAGAAAUGGGGCGGGAAUGGCGUGGGCGAUGACUUGUACUCGUUCGGAUUCGAUGGUGCUUAUCUGUGGACCGGCGGUAGGAAAACGCAAGUUGUCCAGAACGCCACCGAGCCUUAUAUCAGGAAGAGCGAUGUAAUCGGUUGUGCCUUGGAUCUGACAGUGCCGGUGAUAACAUUCACUUUCAAUGGUACUCGCAUCAUGGGCUCUUUCCGGAAUUUCAAUCUGGAUGGCAUGUUUUUUCCUGCUAUCAGCUGCUCGUCCAAACUUUCGUGUAGAUUUCUGUUAGGCGGCGAUCACGGUCGACUGAAGUUCCAGCCGCCGGAGGAGUUUUCACCGUUAGUAGAGAGCUUAUUGCCGCAGCAGAUUUUAUCGUUGGAUCCGUGUUUCUAUUUCGGCAACAUGAACAAGGUGGUUCUGGCGGGUCCGUGGCUGGUCGAGGACGAUACCGCCUUCGUUCCAGCGCCGGUCGACACUUCUAUGGUCAAUCUACCCGCCUACGUCGAGCAAAUUAGAGAUAAACUGGCAGAAAACAUCCAUGAGAUGUGGGCGAUGAACAAAAUCGAAGCCGGUUGGAUUUACGGCGAGGUCAGAGAUGAUCUUAGGAAAAUACAUCCCUGCAUAGUCCAGUUCGAGCGACUGCCGGCCGCGGAGAAGCGUUAUGACACUCAAUUAGCCGUGCAGACUCUCAAGACCGUUCUGGCUCUGGGCUAUUAUAUCACUAUGGACAAACCGCCUUCCAGAAUAAAAACGUUGCGUCUGCCGAACGAGCCAUUUCUGCAAAGCAGCGGCUACAAGCCAGCGCCGCUCGAUCUGUCUGCGAUCACACUGACUCCCAAGAUGGAAGAGCUCGUUGAUCAACUUGCGGAGAACACGCAUAAUCUCUGGGCGAAAGAGAGAAUCAGCCAAGGGUGGACGUACGGAUUGAACGAAGACUCGGAAAUGAGGAGAAGUCCUCAUUUAGUACCAUAUCCAAAGGUCGACGAAGCUAUCAAGAAGGCCAAUCGAGACACGGCCAGCGAAACUGUUAGGACUUUAUUAGUUUAUGGAUAUAUGCUUGAUCCGCCCACUGGAGAGCAGCACGAGGCAUUGCUUUUGGAGGCCAGCAGAUUACGACAAUUAUCCUUCAGGACUUACAGGGUCGAGAAGCAUUACGCGGUCAGCAACGGAAAAUGGUAUUUCGAGUUCGAAGUUCUCACAGCCGGACCGAUGCGAGUUGGUUGGGCGAAAGCCGAUUGCAUGCCAGGAAGUAUGCUGGGCAGCGACGAAAGUACUUGGGCAUUCGAUGGUUAUAAUGAGGAAAAAGUAUACUCGGGCUCGGCCGAAACGUUCGGCAAACAAUGGCAGGUCGGAGACGUUGUCGGUGUUUUCCUGGAUCUGAUUGACCGAACGAUUAGUUUCUCCUUGAAUGGAGAAUUACUGAUGGAUGCACUCGGCGGCGAAACUUCUUUCGCCGACGUGCAAGGUGAAUCUUUCGUACCCGCAUUCACUCUCGGAGUCGGCCAAAAGGCAAAAUUAACGUUCGGCCAGGAUGUGAACACUCUGAAGUUUUUCACCACCUGUGGUUUGCAAGAAGGCUACGAACCAUUCUGCGUGAAUAUGAAUCGUUUAGUCACUUACUGGUACACAAAAGAUCAACCGAUUUUCGAGAAUACCGAUGAUAUGGCUGAUACGCGAAUCGACGUGGCUAGAAUACCAGCAGGUUCUGACACGCCACCGUGUCUGAAAAUCUCUCACAACACAUUCGAGACUAUGGAGAAAGCUAAUUGGGAAUUUCUGAGAUUGUCGCUACCCGUGAUUUGUCAGUCUAGUUUCGUAACGGAGAAUGAAAAACUGCGAAGGUGGCAGGAAAUCAAAAUGCGACAGAACAGACUUCUGGCCGAACAGGUUGAGCAAGCUGCACAGCAAGCUGCACCGUCAGCUCACUUGGAACAAAUCAUGAAAUCCGGUUUCAGUAUGAGUGAUAUUAAAGGAUUGCAAAGAAAUUAUUCAGAAGAUGCAGUUGAGGCAGACGAGAUGUUAAAAGAGUCACCGCUUCCUAUGCAAAGAGGCAAACCUACUAGGCCACCCAGGAAAGGUUCACUUUAUGGAUCGCAUUUACAAUUAGACAACGCAAUCAGUGACGCCGAGAUGAAUGGCUACGGCGAGAUGAACGGUGAAGUAAAGGAUGAUAAGAAGAAACGCGGUCGUUCGCCUUUCCGCAAGCUUAGCAAAGAGAUGGAGGAUAUGCCGUUCUUCUCGCGUAAGGCGAAGUCACCGGACGCAAAAUCGAAAACGCCCGAGCCGCAGGUUCGCUCAGAUGUCUCGGAUAAAAGUACGAAAACAUCGGGAAGCAAAAGUGCCAAACCUCCUCAAGUUCGUGUUUCAACGACGGACUUGAAAGUCGUGCCGCCCCAAAUCCCGGAGCGUAAUGUUCCCAAGUCGAUGUCCGUUUUAAGCGGAAGUGGCGUCGAAGCGAUCGGUAAUGAAAUCUUUGACGCUGAUUGUAUGAAGUUAAUGAACGAGUACUUCUACGGAGUUAGAGUAUUUCCUGGUCAAGAUCCGACUCAUGUUUAUGUUGGUUGGGUUACUUCGCAGUAUCACUUUCAUACAAAGGAAUUUAAUUUGUCUCGUGUGAGAAAAGUCUCCGUUGCUAUCAUGGACGAGUACGAUCGUCUCGCGGAACAAGUCGACAGACAAAGCUGUUACAUGAUUCGAGCGGACGAGUUGUAUAAUGAAGUCACUCAAGACGCGUCGGGCAAGGGCGCGUCUCAGGGCAUGUUCGUCGGAUGCUUCGUCGAUACCGCUACGGGCUUGGUGUCCUUCACUUGCGAAGGAAAGGAAACGAGUCACAAGUUCAAAAUGGAACCGGACACAAAGUUGUUCCCGGCGAUCUUCGUCGAAGCAACUAGCAAGGAGAUCUUGCAAAUCGAACUCGGCAGGACUUCGAUGACGCUCCCGCUUUCAGCCGCCGUGCUGCAGAAUUCGGACCGACAUGUGAUACCGCAAUUUCCGCCCAGAUUGAAAGUGCAAUGCCUUAAGCCGCAUCAAUGGGCCAGAGUGCCCAAUCAAUCUCUUCAAGUGCAUGCCCUGAAGCUGUCAGACAUUAGAGGUUGGUCUAUGCUGUGCGAGGACGCUAUUUCGAUGCUAGCUCUUCAUAUUCCCGAGGAAGACAGGUGCAUCGAUAUUCUAGAGCUCAUUGAAAUGGAUAAGCUUCUCAGUUUCCACGCGCACACACUCACGUUGUAUGCAGCUUUGUGCUAUCAAUCGAAUUACCGAGCGGCGCACGCUCUGUGCCAACACGUUGAUCAGAAACAAUUGUUAUACGCGAUACGAGCUGAAUAUAUGUCCGGGCCCCUGCGACAAGGAUUUUACGAUUUACUUAUUGCUCUGCAUCUUGAGUCCCACGCGACAACGAUGGAAGUGUGCAAAAACGAAUAUAUAAUACCACUUGGUCAAGAAUUGAAGGACUUGUACGAAAAUUUUGAGAUGAGACACAGUCUCAGAUAUUUGGAAACCGAAUCUAUCCAACCACAGAUGAAGAUGACAGAAAUAAGUGAUCAAGUGAUCGAGAAUAUACGAAGCCUGUAUAGCCCGCACUUCCCGCUCGACGUUGUACGGGAUUACGUGAUGAUGGCACUCAACGAAGCUGUCGAAGUGAAUCAAGUGCACAAUCGGGAUCCGAUUGGAGGCAGCAAUGAAAAUCUUUUCCUACCUCUUCUAAAGCUGGUAGAUAGACUGCUCUUAGUGGGCAUGCUGAGAAACGAGGAUAUAAUCAAAUUGCUCAUCAUGGUAAAUCCUGAAACUUGGGAUCUGACUUUUGAUAAAGAAGGAAAGGACGAGCAUAAGAAAGGCUUACUGCAUAUGAAAAUGGCUGAGGGAGCUAAGCUGCAAAUGUGCUAUUUGCUUCAUCAUUUGAACGACGUUCAAUUACGUCAUCGUGUCGAGUCGAUUGUCGCCUUUGCUUCGGAUUUCGUCGGAGAAUUGCAGGCGGAUCAAUUGCGUCGUUACAUCGAGAUCAAGCAGUCGGACUUACCGUCGGCUGUUGCUGCCAAGAAAACCAGAGAAUUCAGAUGUCCUCCGCGUGAACAGAUGAACGCUAUUUUGAGCUUCAAGAAUUUUGAUCCCGAGGAAGAUCCGGACAAUGUUCCUUGCGGCGAAGAUUUGAUUGGAAAAAUGAACGAGUUCCACGGCGAGCUAAUGUCCUAUGUGUCUUUAACGGCUCUUCAGGAAGCAGCCAAUGCUGCCAAUGAGGAAACUGAAGAAGUUCAAAAGCCUGGCGCUAUGAAACGCCUUUUUAAUUUCAUCAAUGCCGUCAAGGAACUCGAAGAGGAACCCAAACCCGAACCCGAACCCGUGAAAAAGACUCCCGAAGAGGUCUUCCGCAAGGUGUUGAUAUCGACUAUUGUAAGUUGGGCCGAGGAAUCGCAGAUCGAAACGCCGAAACUCGUGCGAGAAAUGUUCAGCUUGUUAGUCAGACAAUAUGACACUGUGGGCGAGUUGAUUAGAGCUCUGGAGAAGACUUAUGUCGUCAAUAACAAAACCAAAGAUGAUGUCGCACUAAUGUGGAUCGGCUUAAGCCAAAUUCGCGCCUUGUUGCCAGUACAGAUGUCACAGGAGGAAGAGGAAUUGGUCCGCGAAAGACUGUGGAAAUUGGUGAACAAUCAUACCUUCUUCCAACAUCCCGAUCUCAUUAGAGUGCUGAGAAUCCACGAGAAUGUAAUGGCUAUUAUGAUUAACACUUUGGGAAGACGUUCUCAGGCGCAAUCUGACGCUCAAACUCAGGCUCAAGCGACCGAAGGGGAACCAGCGUCGAAAGAGAAAGAUACGUCUCACGAGAUGGUUGUAGCCUGCUGCAGAUUUCUCUGUUACUUCUGUCGUACAUCCAGACAAAAUCAGAAGGCCAUGUUCGAUCACUUUGACUUUCUUUUGGAGAAUAGCAAUAUCCUGCUGGCCAGGCCUUCGCUGCGAGGCUCGACGCCUUUAGACGUGGCGUACUCGUCGUUGAUGGAGAAUACCGAAUUGGCUCUGGCCUUGAGAGAACAUUAUCUGGAGAAGAUCGCUGUUUAUUUGUCGCGAUGCGGUCUGCAGUCUAAUUCAGAAUUAGUAGAAAAAGGCUAUCCUGAUUUGGGUUGGGAUCCUGUCGAGGGCGAACGUUAUCUCGAUUUCCUGAGAUUCUGCGUAUGGGUCAAUGGUGAAAGUGUAGAAGAAAAUGCUAAUUUGGUUAUUCGUUUGCUAAUCAGAAGACCAGAAUGUUUAGGUCCUGCUCUUCGUGGUGAGGGCGAAGGUCUAUUGAGAGCUAUAAUAGAAGCUAAUAAGAUGUCCGAGCGUAUUGCCGAUAGACGAAAAGUACAUGACGAGGCAGAAGGCACAGCUAUGGUAUUGCAAUUCGAACAUCCACUUCCGGAAUCAGAUGACGAUGAGGACUACAUAGAUACGGGCGCGGCUAUGUUGAAUUUCUAUUGCACCCUCGUCGAUCUAUUAGGUCGCUGUGCUCCGGAUUCUUCCGUUAUAGAACAAGGAAAAAACGAAUCUCUUCGAGCUCGGGCAAUCUUGAGAUCACUAGUGCCUCUGGAUGAUCUUCAGGGUGUUUUAUCUCUGCGAUUUACCUUGCUCAAUCCCGCCGCCGGCGAAGAACGACCGAAAAGCGACACGCCGUCCGGCUUAAUACCAGGACACAAGCAAAGCAUUGUGCUGUUUCUCGAACGUGUUUACGGUAUCGAAACGCAGGAAUUGUUCUACAAGAUAUUGGAGGAAGCUUUCCUACCAGAUCUCCGCGCCGCUACCAUGCUCGAUAGAAACGACGGUUACGAAUCUGACAUGGCACUCGCCAUGAACCGCUACAUUGGAAAUAGCAUUCUGCCGUUACUGAUCAAGCAUUCCAAAUUUUACAACGAAGCGGAUAACUAUGCAAGUUUACUCGAUGCUACGUUGCAUACAGUCUACCGAUUAAGUAAGAACCGGAUGCUGACGAAAGGCCAACGCGAAGCUGUCUCGGACUUCCUUGUCGCAUUGACCAGCCAAAUGCAACCGAGCAUGUUGCUGAAGUUACUGCGAAAAUUAACUGUUGACGUGUCCCAAUUGUCGGAAUACACCACCGUUGCUCUCAGAUUGUUGACGCUGCAUUACGAUCGUUGCGCAAAAUAUUAUGGCUCUACUGGCGGACAAGGUUCAAGCGACGAAGAGAAACGUCUCACAAUGGUCCUCUUCAGCAAUAUAUUCGAUUCCUUGUCUAAGAUGGAUUAUGAUCCAGAAUUAUUCGGAAAAGCGCUGCCUUGCUUAACCGCUAUUGGUUGCGCCUUACCGCCAGAUUAUUCUUUAUCGAAAAAUUAUGACGACGAGUGGUACGGCAGCAAAUCGGCCUCAGCGCAAUCACCCGACGGACCUUACAAUCCGCAACCAAUCAACACAUCCAGCGUGGUGUUGAAUAAUGAUCUUAAUCAAAUAGUACAAAAGUUCUCUGAGCAUUAUCACGACGCUUGGGCCAGUCGCAAGUUAGAAAAUGGUUGGACGUACGGCGAUCAGUGGUCGGACGUGAAUAAAACUCACCCGAGAUUGAAACCGUACAACAUGUUGAGUGAUUAUGAACGAGAACGAUACAAGGAGCCUGUUAGAGAAAGCUUGAAAGCUCUCUUAGCGAUUGGCUGGAGUGUGGAACAUGCAGAGGUCGAUGUGCCUUCGACGAAUCGCAGCUCAAUGAGAAGGUCUUCCAAAAGUCAAGGCGAUUCUGCAAGUCCAUUUAAUUACAAUCCUCAUCCGGUGGACAUGACUAAUCUAACACUGAGCAGGGAAAUGCAGAACAUGGCCGAACGUUUAGCGGAUAACGCUCACGAUAUUUGGGCGAAGAAGAAGAAAGAAGAACUCAUGACUUGCGGAGGUGGUAUUCAUCCUCAGCUGGUACCUUACGAUCUGUUGACCGACAAGGAGAAACGGAAGGAUCGUGAGCGAUCGCAGGAAUUUCUCAAGUACCUACAGUAUCAAGGCUAUAAGCUUCACAAACCUAAUCGCGGCGGUGAAACCGAAGUGGCUGGCGCCGCUGCUGCGGUGGAGCUGAGAUUCGCUUACUCAUUGUUGGAGAAGCUGAUAGCUUAUUUGGACAAAGCAACGAUUAACAUGAAGCUACUAAGACCUUCCGAUACGUUCAGCCGAAGAAACAGUUUCAAGACUUCCACAAGGGACAUCAAAUUCUUCAGUAAAGUGGUUUUGCCACUGAUGGAAAAGUACUUCAGCACGCAUAGAAAUUAUUUUAUCGCUGUUGCCACUGCCACGAACAACGUCGGCGCAGCGUCCUUGAAGGAGAAGGAGAUGGUGGCCGCUCUCUUCUGUAAACUGGCGAGUUUGUUGCGAUCGCGACUUGCCGCCUUUGGCGCGGAUGUGAGAAUAACGGUGCGUUGUCUGCAAGUGCUCGUGAAAGGCAUAGACGCCAAGAGUCUCGUAAAGAACUGUCCGGAAUUCAUCAGAACGUCCAUGUUGACCUUUUUCAACAACACUGCUGAUGAUCUGGGCCAUACAAUCUUGAAUCUUCAAGAGGGAAAGUACAGCCAUCUCAGAGGCACCCAUUUGAAAACGUCCACGUCAUUAUCGUACAUCAACAGCGUAAUUCUGCCAGUGCUCACUGCGAUGUUUGAUCAUCUUGCUGCAUGUGAAUAUGGCAGCGACUUGUUACUUGACGAAAUUCAAGUAGCAUCGUACAAAAUGUUGGCGUCUCUGUACACUCUCGGCACGGACGCUAGUCUGACGCAUGACAGAAAGUAUCUAAAGACUGAGAUCGAGCGACACAAACCUAAUCUGGGCUCCUGUCUGGGUGCCUUUUCAAGCUGCUUCCCGGUGGCCUUCUUUGAACCGCACUUGAAUAAGCACAAUCAGUUCUCUCUUCUAAAUCGAAUCGCGGAUCAUUCUCUCGAAGCGCAAGACAUUAUGACAAAGAUGGAAUCGAGCAUGCCGACUUUGGAGACUAUUCUCAGUGAAGUUGAUCAAUUCGUUGAGUCCGAGAAAACCUACAAUGACGCUCCCCACAUCGUCGACGUGAUUCUUCCUCUGCUCUGUUCGUACUUGCCAUUCUGGUGGGCUCAAGGACCCGACAAUGUGAAUCCUACUGAGGGCACUUAUGUUAGCAUGGUCACUAGCGAUCACAUGAAUCAGUUGCUGAAAAACGUGCUGAAGCUGAUUAAGAAAAACAUUGGCAACGAGAACGCGCCGUGGAUGACGCGCAUUGCCGCCUACACGCAGCAAAUCAUCAUCAAUUCGUCCGAGGAAUUGCUGAAGGACCCGUUUCUACCUCUCGCCGAACGCGUCAGAAAGCGAACGGACAACAUGUUCCACAAAGAGGAGUCCCUCCGUGGCUUCAUCAAAUCGUCGGCCGACGAUACCUCACAAAUUGAAGCACAAAUACAAGAAGAUUGGCAAUUGUUGGUCCGCGAUAUUUAUUCAUUCUAUCCUCUGUUGAUAAAAUAUGUUGAUCUUCAGAGAAAUCAUUGGCUGAGAAACAACAUUGCCGAAGCUGAGGAUCUGUAUAAUAAUGUAGCGGCGAUAUUUAACAUCUGGUCCAAGUCGCAAUACUUUCUGCGCGAAGAACAGAACUUUAUAUCCGCAAAUGAAAUCGACAAUAUGGUGCUCAUCAUGCCUACUGCAACUAGAAGAUCUACUACAGUAUCUGACGGCAGUGCGCCUUCUGGAGGAGGCAAAAAAAAGAAAAAGCAUCGUGACAAGAAGAGAGAUAAGGAUAAGGAGGUGCAAGCUUCAUUAAUGGUCGCUUGCUUGAAGCGAUUACUACCCGUCGGUUUGAAUCUAUUCGCUGGUCGCGAACAAGAAUUAGUACAGCAUUGCAAAGACAGGUUCUUGAAGAAGAUGCCGGAAUAUGAGAUCUCGGAAUUCGCCAAGACUCAGUUGACAUUGCCGGAUAAGAUUGAUCCUGCCGAUGAAAUGUCUUGGCAGCAUUAUUUAUAUUCCAAACUUGGUCAAAAGAAAGACGCGAUAGAGCCUGUCAAAGCUCAACAAUUGGAAGAUGUUGUUGCUAGAAUCACCGAUAUGGCCAAAGUCUUGUACGGUUUACACAUGAUAGAUCAUCCACAACAGCAAGGCAAGACUCAAUACCGAUCCGUGGUGUCGUUCCAACGUAAACGAGCGGUAAUCGCUUGUUUCCGCCAAACUUCCCUACAUUCCUUGCCCAGGCAUCGAGCAAUAAAUAUUUUUGCGCGAACAUAUUAUGAGUUAUGGCUGCAAGAUGAAAAUGUGGGACAAGAAGUUAUGAUUGAGGAUCUCACGCAAUCAUUCGAAGAUGCUGAAUUGAAGAAAAUGGAUAAAGACGAAGAUGAAAGCAAGCCUGAUCCGCUGACACAGUUGGUUACGACUUUCUGUCGUGGUGCCAUGACCGAACGGUCGGGUGCUCUUCAAGAAGAUCCGCUUUAUAUGAGUUAUGCUCAGAUUAUUUCCAAAUCUUGUGGAGAGGAAGAAGAAGAAGGUGAAGAAGAAGGCGGAGGUGGUGAGGAGGAAGGUGGAGCUUCGAUUCAUGAGCAAGAAAUGGAAAAGCAGAAGCUUUUGUUCCACCAAGCUCGUCUUGCAAAUCGCGGCGUCGCAGAGAUGGUUCUUCUGCAUAUAUCGGCAUGCAAGGGUGUACCCAGUGAAAUGGUGAUGAAGACUCUGGAGCUUGGAAUUUCUAUUUUACGUGGCGGCAAUAUUGAAAUCCAACGAGGAAUGCUAAACCAUUUGAAGGAGAAGAAAGAUGUCGGUUUCUUCACGUCCAUCGCGGGUUUAAUGAAUUCUUGCAGCGUGUUGGACUUGGACGCUUUCGAGAGAAACACGAAGGCCGAGGGUCUUGGCGUUGGUUCCGAAGGUGCAGCUGGCGAGAAAAAUAUGCACGAUGCUGAAUUCACUUGCGCUUUAUUCCGUUUCAUCCAACUUACUUGCGAGGGCCACAAUCUCGAUUGGCAGAACUAUCUCAGGACACAGGCUGGUAAUACGACGACAGUAAAUGUGGUAAUUUGUACUGUCGAUUAUCUGCUGCGACUGCAGGAAUCGAUUAUGGACUUUUAUUGGCAUUAUUCGAGCAAAGAACUCAUUGAUCCUGCCGGCAAAGCAAACUUUUUCAAAGCCAUUGGCGUUGCCAGUCAAGUUUUCAAUACACUCACUGAAGUCAUUCAAGGUCCAUGUGCGCAGAAUCAACAAGCUUUAGCGCACUCCAGAUUGUGGGACGCGGUCGGAGGUUUCCUCUUCCUGUUCUCGCACAUGCAGGACAAAUUAUCGAAGCAUUCUAGUCAGGUGGAUCUUCUGAAGGAAUUAUUGAAUUUGCAGAAAGACAUGAUUACCAUGAUGCUCUCUAUGCUUGAAGGUAAUGUUGUAAACGGAACUAUCGGAAAACAGAUGGUUGACACUUUAGUCGAGUCAGCUAGCAACGUGGAACUGAUCUUGAAGUAUUUCGACAUGUUUUUAAAGCUGAAAGAUCUUGUAUCAACGCCGAGUUUCUUGGAAAUCGAUGCUAACAAUGAUGGUUGGGUGUAUCCUAAAGAUUUUAAAGAAAAGAUGGAGCAGCAAAAGAGUUACACCAACGAGGAGAUUGAAUUUCUGCUGACCUGCUGUGAGAUCAAUCACGAUGGCAAAAUCGAUUACGUCGCUUUCAUGGAUCGUUUCCACGAGCCGGCGAAGGAGAUCGGUUUCAAUUUGGCUGUAUUGCUCACCAAUCUGUCCGAGCAUAUGCCUAACGAGCCCAGAUUAGCUAAAUUCCUCGAAACCGCUGGUUCCGUCCUCAACUACUUCGAGCCUUUCUUGGGCAGAAUCGAGAUUCUUGGCGGCAACAAGAAGAUUGAGCGCGUGUACUUCGAAAUCAAAGAGUCGAACAUUGAGCAGUGGGAGAAGCCGCAGAUCAAAGAAUCGAAAAGAACUUACUUCUAUAACACAGUGGUCGAGGCCGGCGAAAAGGAGAAGCUUGAGACCUUCAUCAAUUUCUGCGAGGACGCUAUUUUUGAGAUGCAACAUGCGAGCGCGUUAAUGACAGUCGAAGAGAGUGGCGGUAUUGGUAAAGCGAGGGAAUCUUCAUACACAUACAUGACCGACGAUGAUGAAGAAAGAAAUAAAGAUCCGAUCAGACGAGGUAUACAAGCCUUUAAAGAUGGUGUUUACUAUUUCUUCUAUAUGUUCUCGCCGACCAACAUCAAGAACAAAAUUGCUGAGAUGCAGCAAAUGACGAUCCCUGAGCUCUUUAUCGGCUUCUUCAAGAUGAUCUUUUAUGCAUUCUAUUAUUCUGGCUUUGGCGUCGGCUGUGUAAUUAAGUACUUUAUGAAGCUUUUAUUGACACUAAUGAGAGGACCACAUGUGGAUGAACCUGUUGUCGUCAAGGAAGAAGAGGAAAAACCGUUCAGACAUUUACCUGCUCUGCCACCAACACCAGAUGAGUCAAAUUUACAGGUGCAAGCCUUCGGAAUGGAUAUAACGAAAGAAGAAGGAGGACAGAUAAAGAUAGCGCCGCAUGAAUCGAGCACUUCUACGCCACAGUCUAGUAUCGAAGAAACGGGCGAAAGUACACCCGAUGAAGGUGCUGGUGAAGAAGGAGCGAGAGCUGAAGGAGGAGACAGUGAGGCACCUGUUACUUUAGCUGAUUUGCUCGGCGGAGAACAGGCCCGAGCUCAAGCUGCCGCGACGGCUGAAGCAGCAGCAGCUCAACAAGCGGCCAUGGCAGCAGUUGAAGCUGAAGCAAAGCAAGAAACCGUGACCGAACCCUCUACAGGAUCAAGUAUCGAUUUAUCCGAGUACAGUCAUCGCGUGGUAUCCUUCUUAGCCAGGAAUUUUUACAAUCUGAAAUAUGUCGCACUGGUUCUCGCUUUUUGCAUCAAUUUCAUGCUACUCUUCUACAAGGUUACGUCUUUGGCUGAUGAUUCGGAUGAGGAAGGAAGUGGAGGAAUGGCGGAUUUAUUGGCGGAAAUGUCGGGCGAAGGUGCAUCGGGUUUGGCAGGUAGUGGCAUGGAAAUAGGUAGUGGCAGCGGUGAAAAUGGUUCCGAAGAAGAAGACGAAGAGCCUCAGGAAUUUGUGGAAGUAUCCGAGGAUUAUUACUACAUGGCUCACGUCAUGAGGCUAUUGGCUGCUCUUCAUUCUAUUGUUUCGCUCGCUAUGUUGGUUGCGUAUUAUCAUCUAAAGGUACCAUUGGCCAUCUUCAAACGAGAGAAAGAGAUCGCACGACGAGUAGAAUUCGAUGGACUGUACAUAGCUGAGACGCCAGAAGAGGAUGAUAUUAAAGCGCACUGGGACAAAAUGGUGAUAUCGGCAAAGACAUUCCCCGUGAAUUACUGGGACAAGUUUGUCAAAAAAAAGGUUCGACAAAAAUACAGCGAGACGUACGAUUUCGAUUAUAUCAGCAAUUUGCUUGGAAUGGAAAAGACUUCUUUCAGUCAACAAGAAGAGGAAGGAUCUGGCUUGAUACAUUUCAUCAUAAAUAUCGAUUGGAGAUACCAAAUUUGGAAGGCCGGUGUCACCAUCACAGAUAACGCAUUUCUAUAUAGUUUAUGGUACUUUACAUUUUCGAUCCUCGGCAACUACAACAAUUUCUUCUUCGCCGCUCAUUUGCUAGACGUUGCAGUUGGUUUCAAAACUUUAAGAACAAUUUUGCAAUCGGUAACGCACAACGGCAAGCAACUGGUCUUGACAGUGAUGUUACUAACAAUCGUGGUUUACAUCUACACCGUGAUAGCUUUCAACUUCUUUAGAAAAUUCUAUAUACAAGAAGAGGAUGAUGAAGUGUCGGAUAAAAAGUGUCACCACAUGCUAACGUGCUUUGUGUUUCAUCUAUACAAAGGUGUAAGGGCUGGCGGUGGCAUAGGUGACGAGAUCGGUGAACCUGAUGGCGACGAUUACGAGGUUUAUCGUAUAAUGUUCGACAUUACGUUUUUCUUCUUCGUAAUCGUCAUUUUGUUGGCCAUUAUUCAAGGUUUAAUCAUCGACGCGUUUGGUGAGCUUCGAGACCAGCUCGAAAGCGUAAAGACAAAUAUGGAGAGUAACUGCUUCAUAUGCGGCUUAGGAAAAGAAUAUUUCGAUGCGGUACCACAUGGGUUUGAUACUCACGUUCAGCAGGAGCAUAAUUUAGCAAAUUACAUGUUCUUCCUUAUGCACCUGAUCAACAAACCGGAUACGGAGUACACUGGUCAGGAAACUUAUGUAUGGAAUAUGUAUCAACAGAGAUGUUGGGACUUUUUCCCAGUGGGCGAUUGCUUCCGCAAACAGAACGAGACGGUGGAAGAGGAGGGCAAGAAAAAAUAAAAUUAACACUGACGAAAUAAAAUUAGUUAAUGACCAAACGAUCGACCAAUUCGAUCUUAUUUUGACGAAGAGGAUUUCUCUCCUCGAGCAACGUCUUCGAUAAUUCUUAGCAUCAAUUUUUGCUCAUUGCGGACGGGAGUGCAAAGUCAGCGCUCGUUAAAAAUCAAACUUCAGAAACCUUAGAUACAUUUUACCUUAUAACGACGAAGAGAGAUUUUACCUUGUAAACUUGUCUCUGUUUUCCAUUUGACAAUUUAUCGUUAUUCCGACUAACUAAUAGAUUGAGUCUCUGACGUGUGAAUCUAGUGCAUUAAUUAUGUACUGCGUUUAGUGAAAAUGUUCGAAUACGGGAGAAAUAUGCGCCUGACGUUGCAUCAAGCACGUACGUACGUGUGUCAUGCGCGGCCAGAAAUUAGUGAAAUUAAAAAUAUUUUUCCAACUUUUUAAGGCUAACUCAACAGUAUCACAGAAACCGGGAAUUUCCUCUUUAUAGAUAGAUAAACAAUCGAAGAUUAAUAAAAAUUUCAACUUCCUUCGACCGACGGUACGUUGUUGUUAAAUCAAUGAAACGGCGGAACCGACUGCACAAAUUUACAUAUUCAUAGCGCUACAAUUGCCUUCUUUUCAUACGUCGGAUGAUCUAUAUACUUGUGCAUAAUUCUGCGCUGCAUUACAGCGACAAUAGGUUUGAGAUAAAUGAUAUAGUAUAAGCAAGUUAAAGAUAUUUAAAGUUUAUAUAAUGUGCAAAUUUCUGAUUGCUAUGAGAGUGCGAACUUUUUGGACAUUAUUUAUGGACUGAACUCACGUUAUAUUCAAGAAUGUCAAUAUAUUGUAAAUAAAACUCUACGGCAGGACUAUCUGGUAAUAAAUAAAGACAUACUUCUUUA